AUGUCGAACGCGCACCGCCCAACAUGGAACCCGAAGCAGGGCCAGGACAGCAAGAUGGGCACGGCCCAGGUGUCGAAGCACGGGAUGGCGUCGCACACCAAGCUCAAGUUCCGACAAGUCGGGCAGACGUCCGUGUCGGACGUCGCGCGGCGCGAUCUGCGCGCCGAGCUUGCCGCCGCCGAGCGCGCGGCUCAGGACAAGAAGCGGAAGGCGCAGGGUCUCCCGCCCCUCCCGCCGCUGCCGCCAGUGGGUGGGGCGAAAGAGAUUGGGAAUGGAGAAGGGGAGAAGGUAGAUGAGGAGGACGAGGCCGCGGCCAAGCGGAGAAAGAUCCUCGAGGAGGCGGCGGAGCUGGAUCGGGACGACUCGUCUGACGAGGAUGAGGAUGAGGACGAUGACGACGACGACGAUGAUGAGUGA